AUCGACUUUGUUUUGAACACAAAUUAUAAAGUUGUUUUGAACAGUUUCGAAAAAAAUGCAAAAAGGUAGAAAGUGGUUUAAACCUGUGUUUGAUAUCGUCGAAAAUGAAACACCAAAAGAGUCUAAGAAUAUUCCGGAGAAAAAGCAGAAGGUAUACGAAGAGGUAUUAUAUUUUCAUUUCCAUUCCUUGUUAAGGCCUGCCACAUACAUACAGAAUUCCGUUAGGGAUGCCGUUUCGAAAUUCCGAACGGGUCGGCCAUAUAUACGGAAUCCCGUUUUGGCCGCAAAAUUUCGAACGGAAAACUACUGUACGUGUGUGACGGUUCAUAUAUUUUAUAUGGCCUUGCUGCGUUCGGAAUUCCGAAUCGUAAUAUCGAAACGGAAUUCCGUAUGUAUGUGGCCGUCCUAAGCCUGGCGUCGCCUACAGCAGAAAUGCGUCGAAUCAAAGCUAGUCGCAUUUAUUCCUAGUGCGUCCAUCUCUAAAGAAUCAAAUGGAAUUGUUCAUUCAUCGCAAAUUCUUCAUCAAAAUAGGUUGUUUUUGUCGUGAUAAUGUGGAUUUUCAUGAUUAAACAAUUCUGGAUAUUGUUAGACCAGUGAUAUCAAUAGUUCUUCAUUCAUUUUUAUUUAAACAAAAAGAUUCUUACUAAAACGAAAUAGAAAUUAAUAAAAAUACGUUGCCACGCAUCCACUUGUCUGCGUCAACUGAGGCACGUGGAGUUGAAUCGAGUCGCACUGGCGAAGAAAUUGGCCUGACAAGCAAUUAGCGCAGUCGAUUCAAUUCGGCGCGCCGCGACUCGUACCUAAUGGACGCAGUUUCAUAGUAAAUAUAUGGGAGCCGACUUUCUGCCAUUCGACUUGGCUCGGCGAGCCUUAAGAAGUCUGGAUACCGAAAUUUACAAUUAUCCUAUAUUUCAAAAAUCCAUUUGUCUCUUCUAUUUUCACUCAUAAAGAAGUUGCUUAACACGUCAAUACGGUAUAGGGAUAUUUUAAAAACACAUGAAUUCCAAAGAUCAAAAUUUUCUUAAAACAUAUUUAACUAAGAAAACAUUAUUUAAUAAUCUACCAUUUUUUAAUAUAACUAUUGACUUUAAAAGGAGAUUUAGAUUUUUAUGCAUAGAAAAAAUUCACAACUGUGAAAACUGCAUCAUGAAAGUUUAAUUUUUAAAUUAAAAAUAAAGUAAAGUAAGUAUCUUUUAUUUCACUUUAUUUUUAUGGCGGCUAUUAACUAAGAGUUCAUUAUAAGUAAAAGCACCCAUGACAUUCAUAACGCAUCUGCAUUGGUUGGGUAUGCUCAGAAUGAGGCUGUCAAUAUCCUAUUGAGGAAUAUUGUCCCAAGUUCUACUGAGAUGCAUAGAAAAUUGUUCAUGUGUAACCAAAUUUUUAGGAAAAUCCCUCAAAGGUCUUCUUUGGAGCAUAACCUUAGCAUGCUCAAUGGGAUUUAUAUCUGGGGAUUGUGCUGGACAUUCUAAGGACUAUUCCUGACAUCAUGUUUGUACAACCAGGCUGUUACCACCCUGGCCGUAUGUGAGUGGGUAUUAUAGUGCAUAAGUAGGAAAGUCUGACGCAUUUAUGUUCAAUGUUUCAAGACUAUUGGUUCUAUCACCUCAUUAUGGUAUUUUUCAACUGCCAUAGUAUUCAUAAGAAGUCUAUUCUUCCAUCAAAAUAAAUUCCUGCCACACUAUAACCACCUUGGAAUGGAUGACCGUCUGGAGGGUGUUGAAGCCGGCUUGUAUGAUCCGGAACUCUCCAAACACAUACUCUCGUCGAAUCAAAAUGAAAUCUAAAUCGGGAUUAAUCGUUGAAAGGCACCACUAACCAUUGAUCAGGUUCCCAGUUCACUUGUUUUUUAGCCCAUUGCAGUCUUCACAUUCACAAUUUUCUCUUACAGCUGGAACCAGAAGUGGUCUAAGAGCAUGAAGGUUGGCUUUGAGCAGUCUCCUACUCAAAGUUAGGUCACUCACAAGCACCUGGUCUUCAGAUUGUAGCCUUUGAACCAAUUGCAUUGCUGUUACUUUUGGUUCCUUCUUGGAGCAAUUUUCAAAAAAAGGGUCUUUGGGUAGUAGACUAGACUCAUGAAGUUAUUUCCCUUGUGAAAGUCCAUCAGAUGUCAGAUUGACUGAAUAAAUUUUUUAAUUAAAAAUUUAAAUUUUUAGAAGAUUGUUCACUGGUUAUAUAGUUCAAUAAGUUGUACACCAGUGUUUUCGGCAAAAUUUUCUUGCUAGUGACAUCAUCCUAUAAAGAAGACAAUCGCUUUUUGGGCUCACCAAAAAUUUUAACAUUACUUAAUUUUAUUACACAUAAAUAAUUAAAAAUUUUGUACGACCAUAUUCAAUAUAAAUUAUUAAGAAUAACUAAAAAAACUAUUGGUAAAACCUUAUCAAAUUUAUGUGGGACCACAUGAAAAGCACCAGGUUUCAAAGAAAAAAAAAGAAUCAUUGAAAUCAGUUCACCCAGAAAAAAGUUAUAAAGUAACACACAUUAAAAAAAACAUACAGUCGAAUUGAGUACCUCCUUUUUGAAGUCGGUAAAAAUACCAAUUUAUUAUAGUAAAUGGCCUAAAGAUUUUAUGAAAAUCUAACUGGAAUCAUGAAAUCUGAAAAAAAUAUAUGAAAAAUAAAACGCAGUAACGAAGAACAAAUUACUAAAAGGAUUUUCAAUCAAUCUUAAAGUACAUAUAAAUGCUGAAUGUACCUACAACUUUGUUUUAUACUAUUAAUUAUUGACUAGUAUUUUAACUUAUAACACCGGUGAAAACUGCUAGAUCAUCACUUUUAGUUUGUUUUUAGGUCCUUAUGAUAUUCAUAUUUUAAUUGUUAAUUUCUCAGUAUUCCCGUUAGAUACAGUAAAACUAAUAUUACUAUUGUAAUCUAUAGAUUAUGAGGUAUAAAUCGACAUGUAUUUCAUUAAAGCGUUUAUUACAUUAUUCAAUUUUUAGAAAUUCUAAUUAGGAAGUUGGAAAAUGUAAUCGUAGUUAGUACAGAUUUAGUUAAAGUUGGAGGUCCCGACCGCUCUACUUUCUGAAUUGUCUACACUUUAGGACAGUGUAAUCGCAACGCUACGAUUUAGAACGACCAGUCGGCGCCCGCCCUUUGAUCUAAGCGGAUGUCUUGACUGCGCGUGUGACAUUUGUUUGCGAUGGCGAGUGAAGCGAAAGAAUUGAGCAGUGGUUCGUGUGGCAGCAUGUCCACAGAAAAAGAGGUGUUAUUACAAAUUAUAGACCUGUAUAGGGAAAUGCCCUACUUGUAUAAUAAAAAUGAUAAAAACUAUUUAAACAAAGCAAUGCGUGAAGAGGGCUUCAAGGUGUUGUUAAAUAUUUACAAAUACAAUGAAAAGUAUUCUUUAACCCAGCAUUUUCUCAUUUUUCUUUUUUUAAUAUCCAUUGUGCCCACCACGGCUAAGGCAAGUCCUAUUUUCUGCUGUUUUGAUAAAUACGGCGCCAUCGAUCAAACGUGCAACCCCGUCGAUACUUCUUUUACGAAUGUGCUUCGUCACGAUUUAGAAUUCAAUUUAGUGUAAUGUGAUCACCAGCUUCCAACUUAGGUUCCUAAUUAGGUUUUCUAAAAGUUGAAUAAUGUACACCACAAUUUGUGGUGGGCCCAUUCUCCGCACAAAAAGAAAUUGUCUUCUUUAAGUCUUACAUUUAGUUUACACUCCUUUUGUACAAAUUAUUUGAUUUCAUAUCCUUUAGUAACACUAAAGUAGAGUAUUUCUGUCACUUACAUUCAUUUUAUUAUACUCGUAUAAGUAAUUAUAUAAUAGAUAAAUAAAUAAUACUGAAAUAGGUGAAGCAUAUAUGUAAAACAAACACACGCACUCACGCAAGCACGCACGCGCGCACGCACGCACACACACACACACACACACACACACACACACACACACACACACACACACACACACACACACACAAAAUUAUCAAAUAACAUUCUUUAAAAAUUAGUGUUAUUAGUUUAUUCUGGAAACACCUUCUGGAAAAUUGUCUUGAAUUGAAUUAGGCUAAGAAACAUGGGAGAAGGUGCUGAAUCCAUCCACAUACAGGUUCUUACCUAGUUUAGGAUUCAGAGGCUUCAUAAGCUACUUGUAACCUCAUAUUAUCUCAAUAAAGAUAAUUAUUAUUUUGGGGUAUCUAUAAAGUUUUCUCAUCUGGUUGGGCAGUAUAAAUAUAUAAUUGUAAAUGAAAAUGGUAAACAUACAUAAAUAUG